CAAACGAAAUUUCAAUCUCUGUAACUUUUCCUCUUUUCUCGUUCCCCUCUGCUUCGCCUAGCUAGGGUUGAUUCCCUCUCUCUCUCUAUAUAUCCGCCGAUUCUAUUCUAACACUCUCUCCUCUCCUCUCCUCUCACAUUCGUUCACCAAGAAGAGCAGUAGCCAUCAUGUCUCUGAGACCCAACGCGAGGACUGAGGUUCGCCGUAACCGCUACAAAGUGGCGGUGGACGCCGAGGAAGGACGAAGGAGGAGAGAAGACAACAUGGUCGAGAUCCGUAAAACGAAGCGCGAAGAGAGCUUGCUCAAGAAGCGUCGCGAAGGUCUUCAAUCCACACAGCAGCCUCAAUUCGCUCCUUCAUCCGUUGCUUCCGCUACAUCCGUCGAGAAGAAGUUGGAGAGCUUGCCGUCUAUGGUUGGUGGAGUGUGGUCAGAGGAUAGGAACUUACAGCUUGAAGCAACUACUCAGUUCAGGAAACUGCUUUCCAUAGAGCGAAGUCCUCCUAUCGAAGAGGUGAUAGCUGCUGGUGUUGUGCCAAGGUUUGUGGAGUUUCUCAACAGGGACGAUUAUCCACAGCUUCAGUUUGAGGCUGCUUGGGCAUUGACGAACAUUGCUUCUGGGACUUCAGAACAUACGAAGGUUGUCAUUGAACACGGUGCUGUUCCCAUUUUUGUGCAACUCUUGGCUUCUCAGAGUGAUGAUGUCCGUGAGCAGGCUGUCUGGGCGUUAGGGAAUGUUGCGGGUGAUUCUCCACGGUGCAGAGAUCUUGUCCUUGGUCAGGGAGCUUUGUUACCAUUGCUCUCUCAGUUGAAUGAGCGUGCUAAACUCUCCAUGCUCAGAAAUGCUACUUGGACCCUCUCUAAUUUCUGCAGGGGCAAGCCACAGCCUCCGUUUGAGCAGGUUAGUCCAGCUCUUCCAGCCCUUGAGCGCCUGAUUCAUUCGACUGAUGAGGAAGUGUUAACGGAUGCCUGUUGGGCCCUCUCUUAUCUUUCUGACGGCAUCAAUGAAAAAAUCCAAUCUGUUAUUCAGGCAGGUGUUGUUCCCCGACUUGUCGAGCUUCUCGAGCAUCCAUCACCGUCUGUGCUUAUUCCUGCUCUUCGAACUAUCGGUAACAUCGUCACUGGAGAUGAUGCACAGACACAGUGUGUAAUUAGUCAUGGUGCACUCCUUAGCUUGUUGAGCCUUCUGACUCAUAACCAUAAGAAGAGCAUUAAAAAGGAAGCUUGCUGGACAAUAUCGAACAUCACUGCUGGAAACAAGGACCAGAUUCAGGCGGUAUGUGAAGCUGGUUUGAUAUUCCCUCUCGUCAACCUGCUUCAAAAUGCAGAGUUCGAUAUAAAGAAAGAAGCUGCAUGGGCAGUAUCCAAUGCGACUUCGGGAGGUUCUCCCGACCAAAUCAAGUACAUGGUGGAUCAGGGAGUCGUGAAGCCACUGAGUGAUCUUUUGAUAUGCCCCGAUCCGAGGAUUAUCACCGUGUGUCUAGAAGGAUUGGAGAACAUUCUGAAGGUCGGAGAAGCUGAGAAGUUGACGGGAAAUACCGGGGAUGUAAACUUUUAUGCCCAGUUGAUCGAUGAUGCAGAGGGAUUAGAAAAGAUUGAGAAUCUGCAGAGUCAUGACAACAGCGAAAUCUAUGAGAAGGCAGUGAAGAUUCUUGAAACAUACUGGUUGGAAGAGGAAGACGAGACUCUACCACCAGGUGAUGUCUCUGCUCAGGGAUUCCAGUUUGGUGGUAAUGAUGCAGCCGCACCGCCAGGUGGAUUCAACUUCCAGUGAAGGAGCUGAUUGAAUUGAAGAGUGAAAGGAGGUUUAAGAGUCUGUGGUGGGGGCACUGGUUAAAUUGGUCUGAGUUUGAGUCUUCUCUUCUGUGUUAAAGUCGGGUGGGGUGAGGUUUGGGUAGGAGUCAUCAGAGGGAAUAUUUUUAUGAGAACCAAAAUGGGUUUAAUAGUAUGUGUGUGAUGAGAAGCCUGCAGGAGCUUUGUAACAUUUGUGUACUACACAAGACUGCGAGGUCAAAAACAUUUUUUUUUUAAAUUGGUCAAACUUUAUUUUGUCGUAACGGUGACAAAUUGGGUGUCUUUAUUGUUAAUAUUUUUUUUUUGACAUAUAUAAAUGUUUCCAA